AUGGUCGACACGAGAGGUACAGACCCGUCUCUCGACGAGGCGGCCUCAUCUGAGUUGCCUGUUCCCUCCGUGACCGAUUCCGCCGCUCAUGUUUCCCCCAAAAUGUCUCACCCUCUCGAGGAAGAUGACGGUUCCCUCUCGCCGCCAGCUUCUAAGAAACGCCGUCUCGAAUCCGAGCCGGCUGACCUUUCACUGCCACCUCCACCGACCACCUUGACUGCAGAUCAAGUACCGGGAAACCAGAUUGAAGAAGAAUUGGCAUCUGCACUAGGCUCUGGUGUUGUCGACCCCGUGGACCAUCCCGUGGACCGUCCUCUAGACACGCCCGCUCCCAUCGAAGGAUCUGCAGAAAGCGCGGUGCCACAACCAGAAAGCAGUGCUGAUAUUGAUUCGGACAUGGCUACUGUGAUUUCAAGUAUCAUGAAUCACGCAGAACGAGUGGAGGAACAAUGUGUGUUAGGCCAGCAGCAACUGGCGGAGACCUCCAGCGCGUCGCCUCCGAAGGGCAUGGUGUUUGUCAAAGCCAACUCACAUCUGAAGAUUCAGAGUCUGCCCAUUCUUGACAAUUUGUCAACCCAGAUUCUGUCGCUGCUAGCCAAGUCCUCGUAUCAGGAAAUCACUUCCUUCGUUUCCGAACCCGAGACCGAGAGUGGCCAGGCCUAUGCGACCAUGCGGUCGCUGUUCGAUCAUACGAAAAAAGUUUACUCUAGCAAAAAGUCCUUCCUUUCGCCUACAGAGCUGGAGCUCACCGAAUCCUCCCAGAUCGAUAUUAUUCGCAAAGCCAAUCUAGCAUCCUUUGUUUCUAGUAUCUUUGGCACGCAGGAGAUCGGGUUUUCGGAACUCAACGAUAACUUCCUCGAUGUGUUUGUUCCCGAAGGUGGCCGUCUACUCAAGGUGCAGGGUGCCUUGUUCUUGGAACUUAAGACCCAGGCAUUCAUCGCAUCGAUGAACAAUUCAGAAAGAACCCGAACCGAGCUGCUUUACGACCUGUUUCCAGAUGAGCUGGAGCAACAGCUGCUUGAUCGGCGUCCAGGGACUCGUCAGCUGGCUCCAAGUGAAGCGGACUUUGUCAAGCGGGCCGGUUCGCGCCGUGACAUUCUGCUGAGCGACGUCAACAACGAGGAAGCCAUGAAGGCCUUGCCGGACAAGUACCACUGGGAGGAUUUUCUUCGGGACUUGAGCUCCUACAUCACCAAGAACUUCGAUACCAUCAGCAACCAACAGACGAAAAAGACCGCUAAGGGUCGACAACCAUCCUCGUCCGACGGAGACUCACAGCCGUCCAAUGCUCCUUUGCAGGGCCAAUUCCCCGUCUCGACCCAGCCACCUGAUGUUCCUGUUGACAGAAACAUGCACGGCGACUUGGUUGCGCGUGCGGCUCGUGCGGCGCAAAUUGCAUUGCAAGGCCACGGCUUGAGACGCUCUCAGCAGCAGCAGGCCCAACAGAACCAGCAACAGCAACCGUCGCAGCAGCAACCACAGCAGCACCAACAACAGCAUCAGAUGCAUCAACCCCAGCAACUCCAGCAGCAACCUCCUCAGCAUGCGCCGCAGCAGGGGGGCCAGAUUCUGCAUGGCUAUUCUGCUGCCCAGCCCACGGGUCAGAUGCAGCAUCAGCAGACUCACCAGCAGCCGUAUCAUCAUAGUCCCGCUCCGUCCGGUUACCAGCAACCGCCCGGUCAAUUAACUUUCCAGCAAAGCCCCCUGCAGGCCAACUUCCAGCAAUACAACCAUGUGACGCCUGCUUCGAUUCCGCGACCCAACUCAGCCGCAGCCAACCAUGGCUAUAUGCCGGGGAUACCACACUACUCGCAGUCGCAGCCGACUCAAGUACUCUACGAGCGCGCGCGCAUGGCGGCAUCUGCCAAGUCGUCGCCUAGCAGCCGCAAGUCUGGGUUGCCCAGCCAGCGUCGGCCGUGGACGACGGAGGAAGAGAACGCAUUGAUGGCCGGGCUGGACCGGGUCAAGGGCCCGCACUGGAGUCAGAUUCUUGCCAUGUUUGGCCCAGGAGGCACUAUCAGCGAAGCGCUGAAGGACCGCAACCAGGUUCAACUAAAGGACAAGGCGCGGAACCUGAAGCUGUUCUUCCUCAAGAGUGGCAUUGAAGUGCCGUAUUACCUGAAGUUUGUGACAGGAGAGCUAAAGACGCGUGCCCCCGCGCAGGCAGCCAAACGCGAGGCCCGCGAACGGCAGAAGAAGCAGGGAGAAGAGGACAAGGCACAUGUUGAAGGCAUCAAGGGCAUGAUGGCGCUUGCCGGUGCACAUGCGCAGCCGGUUGGAAUGACACACGGCCACGAUAUGUCGGCAUCGCCACUGCCACCAGAUGCUGGAGCGCAUGCGGCGUUUGACCAGACAGCCGAGCAGAACCUGAUGCAGACGCUGGGACAGGAGGUGCAUGGUGAAGCCUUUGGGCAGCAUCACCACCACCAUCACCAUCACCAGCAUCACCCGCAUCAUACCCACCAUCAAGACCAUGUUGAUCCCAAUAUGCAUCUUGGACAAUAA